AUGCACUUCACCCCUUUUCAUUUUGUUCUCCUCUUCCUAGCUGUUGCUACUGUUGCUGCCACCGCUGCAGAUACUACGGCUGCUGAGAAGAGUGUGGUCUCUCCUGAAAUGUCUAACGCUCCUAACAGCGAACAAGGCAGCUCCUCUUCUGGAGCUACGGGCUCCGGCCAUGGCCCCAACUGGGAUUACAGUUGGGGAUGGGGGUCGAGUCCUGGUAGUGGAUGGGGUUAUGGUUCGGGUUCAGGCCGCUCGCCAAAUGGUUUCGGCAGGGGUUUUGGGUUUGGGUCUGGAAGUGGGUCAGGAUCGGGUUAUGGUUAUGGGUUUGGCAGUGGGGAUGUGCACGAUGGUGGUGUUGGUGGGGCUGGAGGUGGGUCAAGUAAUUCAGGUGGUGACGGCGGUACAGGGGGCUACGGUGAUGGUUACUGGCCGGUUGAUUCCAGAAGGACAAACAAUCAUGGGCGAUAA